AUGGAAAAAAAUCAACAAUCAGAUGAGUCUUCUGCAGAUGACGGAGAACUUAUACUAGACGUAGAAGAAGGAUUCCUGGACUUUUUCUCAGAAUACGAUAACCAAAAUGUUAAUAAAGAAUCGAAUUUGGUUAGUGAACGGAAUGAAGAUUUGAAAGCUGCUAAUCAUGAAAUCAAUAGCCUAAAUACAGAGCCUAAAGCAAAAAAUAAACUGUUAUCUAACCUAAAUUGGUCAGAUUUCGGGCUCUGUAGAUCAAUAAUGAGGGUUGGAAUAGCAAUAUCGGAGAUGGGAUACCAAAAUCCAACAAUAAUCCAGUCGAAAGUAAUACCGCUGGCACUAGAAGGAAAGGAUUUAUUAAUAAUGAUGAUUCAAGGUUCUGGGAAAACAGCAUCAUUUUUAAUACCAACACUGCAGAGAUUAGUAGUUUCAGGAGUUUUGAAACAAUUGACGAAGGAAAAACAAGCCUAUAACACUAGAUUUGGAACUAAAGCACUGGUAAUACUCCCUACAAGAGAACUUGCAGCACAGUGUUUUCAAGUUUUCAAGUCGUUGUCCAAGUAUUUGAGCUCAAAAGCAAUUUUGUUGACUGGAGGAAUACCAAUAAAGGAACAAGAAAAUAGAUUGAGGCAGUUCCCAGAAACUAUAAUUUGUACUCCUGGAAGAGCUCUGGAUAUGUUAAUAAAUUCUAGCUCAAUAAAUGUCGAAAAUAUUGAAGUGGUUAUAAUGGACGAAGCGGAUAAGUUGUUGGAAUUGGGAUUCAGAGAUGAAUGUCUUCAAGUUUUGAAGUACUGUAACAGGAAUCGCCAGACUAUGUUGUUUAGUGCUACAUUGACUGAGGAAACCAAGGAGUUAGUGAGCCUUUCAUUGGUAAACCCAGUAUAUGUGAAGGUGGACGACCCUACUAAGGUCUCCAGAACUCUGGAGUUCGAGAUGAUGAUGAUUCCAAAAGAGGAGUACAGAGAAGCUUGUGCACUUUACUUAUGCACAAAGUACUCCAAGGAUAAAACGAUAUUAUUUUUCCAGACCAAAAGAUCAGCUCAUCGCAUGUUUCUAAUUUUCAACCUCCUCAACAUGAAGUGUGGAGAACUACAUGGGAAUUUAUCCCAGUCAAAAAGAUUCGAGUCAGUUGAAAGAUUUAAAAAUGGUGAAAUCGACUAUUUAUUAGCAAGUGAACUGGCUUCCAGAGGGCUUGAUAUACCAGGAGUUAAAACAGUAAUCAAUGUGGAUUUGCCAACAGAUAUUACAAGGUACAUACACAGGGUCGGCCGUACAGCUAGGAUGGGAUCCCAUGGAAAAGCAAUUACUCUGUACGUCGACGAGCAGAGGUCACAAGUAAAACUCUUCCUUAAAAAAACAUCCGAUAUUGGAGCCACAUUGUCGAAAAAUAAGAAAAAAGUCACAUCUGCAACCCUAAAUAAGUAUAAAACUAAAAUAGAUGAACUGGAAGAGAAGAUUAAAGAACUGCUUCUGGAAGAGAACAUAGAAAAGGAUAUCAAAAUGUGUGAUGCGACCCUUAAGACUCACGGGGAUCAGGAUAGAGAGAAAAGAAAGUGGUUUAGAUCGAAAAAGGAUAAGAAGAUGGCAUCUAAGGAAGAAUUCGAGGAAGCGAAUCGUAAAACACAAAGAAUGGUGGAUAAGGAACAGAAGAAUGAGAUCAACAAAAACAAGUUCAAAAAAAUCAAGAGGAUAGCGAAAAAGAAGAAAAGAAACUAG